CACUAGUCACAUAAGAACAGUUAGUUUUCCCCCAAAUUAUGAGUUUGAACCUCGUCCGGGCAGACAGAUUUUGUCAGUUUUUUUUAUCAGAUUAUGCUAACUUCGCUUCAAAUGGGUGUAUCCAAAUUCCUCCAAAAUUUAUCUAAACCUUUUCUUAAGUGUUCCCAGGAUUCUCUUCAUGGAAUAACCCCUAAUGCUCCAAAUUCCUCGGCCCUAGCCACAUUAAAUCCCUCGAAAACCCACAUACUAACUCAUUACCUCAACCCAUCUGGGUUUACCUCAUAUCCUCAUUUUCCGAGAGCAUUUCACGAUCAUACUUCAUUAAAGACUAAUAAUUACAAGAACCUAGAUGCCGAAACCACCCAAGAAGCAGAAAGAAUCGCUAAAUUAGUAUCCAAUGUUAAAAUUCCAAAAAAUCUGGAUUCUGCUUUGAGUUCUGCUAAUUUUAGUAGUAUAUCUCCAAUUGUGGUUUUGGAAGUGUUAAAGAAGCUCAAUAAUGCGGGAAUUACUGCGCUGGCGUUUUUCAGGUGGGCGGAGAAGCAAAAAGUCUUCCUGUAUAUUGAUGAGUGCUAUAACUCUCUCAUUGAAGCGUUGGGAAAAAUUAAGCAAUUCAAAAUGGUGUGGGUUUUGGUGGAUGAAAUGAAACAAAAGGGAUUGUUGUCGAAAAACACGUUUGCUCUGGUUUCGAGGAGAUACGCAAGGGCAAGGAAGGUGAAAGAAGCUAUGGAGGCAUUUGAGAUGAUGGAAAAGAAGUAUGGUUUUACGACCGAGUUGCAAGAUUACAAUAGGCUGCUUGAUACCAUGAGCAAGUCUAGGCAUGUGGACAGUGCUCAGAAGGUGUUUGAUAAAUUGAAAAACCGAAAGUUUAGGCCCGACAUUAAAUCCUACGCAAUCUUGUUGGAAGGGUGGGGUCAAGAGUGUAAUUUGCUUAGAAUGGACGAGGUUUAUCGUGAGAUGAGGGGCGAUGGCUUUGAGCCCGAUGUUGUGACUUAUGGGAUUUUAAUCAAUGCUUAUUGUAAGGUUAGAAGGUUCAACGAAGCGAUUGAAUUAUAUCAUGAAAUGGAAAAGAAGAAUAUCAAGACGACCCCUCAUAUAUAUUGCACUUUGAUUAAUGGUUUGGGGCCGGAGAAGAGGUUGAACGAAUGUUUGAAGUUCUUUGAGUCGUGUAAGGCUAGCAGUUUUGCUAUUGAGGCACCUACUUAUAAUGCUAUGGUGGGAGCUUAUUGUUGGUCAGAUCGAAUGCAUGAUGCUUAUCGGACAGUUGAUGAGAUGAAAAAAUGUGGGGUUGGUCCGAAUGCACGAACUUAUGAUAUAAUUCUACGGCACCUUAUAAAGGUUAACAGAACAAAAGAGGCUUAUGUUGUUUUUAACAAAAUUAGUGAUGAGCCAGGGUGUGAGCCAACUGUAAGUACAUAUGAGAUCAUGGUAAGGAUGUUUUGCAAUGAGGAGCGGACGGAUAUGGCAUUGAGAGUGUGGAAUCAGAUGAAGGCCAGAGGUGUACUUCCUGGAAUGCACAUGUUUUCGACCUUGAUCAACAGUCUCUGCAAUGAGAAUAAGUUGAACGAUGCAUGCCAAUAUCUUCAAGAGAUGCUUGACAUGGGUAUAAGGCCUCCAGAUACAAUGUUUAAGACUCUGAAACGAGCUCUUGUUGAUGACGGGAAAGAAGAUAUUGCUAUGAUAUUGACACAUAAGGUUGAGAGACUAAGGAAAACUCCAUUAGUCGGUUAACGAAAGAAAAAUUUUAAAUGUUCCUGGGAAUCCAAUGUCUGAUCUUGUAUUCUCCGUACACUGACCAAAAUUUGUCAUUUGACUAGUUGCAUCUUUCUUGAGCGACGAGGUAGGAAAUGGAAUGACUGUGGUAAUGUCUAUUGAAUUCAAAUGGAAAACGGGUGCGAGGCUGCAAUCUUUGAUGAUCGAAUACUGGAAAUUUGUCUUCUUUAUUUUGUUGUCUUAAGAUUUCAAUCAGCUUGAGCUUGUAAGAUGAAUAUGAAUUAUACACCCUAGUAAUUUAUUUGUAGGGAUUGUAAUAAUUCGAAGCAUACUUGAAUAUAAAUUUUCGGUCAAGAUGCUUACUUGAAAAUUUGAAAUAAGGAAUUCCAAUA